GUAUCUGGCAACCGCUCCGUCACGGAGGGCGCAGAACAUGUGAGUUGCCCUCAUCUGUGAUGGAGCGGGACUACAUCUGCUGUAAUUCUUUUCAGUUAACAUAUAAAUGGGAUUUAAACACAUAUAGACGUUUUAAUACAGUUUAUCUACAUUAGGUUAUAAUCCAAACAGUGCCGCCACGCAUAAAACACCUGUUAGUAAAUGCUCAUGGAACCGAUCACAGCUGCAAUUAGGCUUCCUUCCGGAACGAUUUAUUGUUACACACGCACCGGGAUCAGCUGUGACCAACUGCCUGUUUUCUACGCUAUUAAACCUUUAAUCUAGGUGGAAGAUGCCUAAGAAAAAGACUGGAGCUCGGAAGAAGGCUGAGAACCGAAAGGAGCGAGAGAAACAGAUUCGGGCCAAUAGAGAGACUGUGGAUGUGGCCAAGCACCCGUGCAAUGCAUCCAUGGAAUGUGAUAAGUGUCAAAGGCGACAAAAGAGCAGGGCGUUCUGCUAUUUCUGUGCUUCAGUGCAGAAACUUCCCAUGUGUGCACAGUGCGGCAAAACCAAAUGUAUGAAGGCUUCAGACUGUGUCAUAAAACAUCCUGGCGUCCACAGCACCGGAAUGGGCAUGGUGGGGGCCAUAUGCGACUUCUGCGAGGCCUGGGUGUGCCAUGGAAGGAAGUGCCUGAGCACCCACGCCUGCUCCUGCCCUCUUUGUGACGCAGACUGCAUCGAGUGUGACCGCAGCGUUUGGGAACACGCUGUAGCACUGUGCUCUGGUGUGACGUGGUUCAAAUCCUGUUUGCUGUGUGACGUACAGGUGGCCGCAUUUUCCGCUGCUCCUUUUGCCACAACUUCCUGUGUGAGGACGAUCAGUUCGAACACCAGGCGAGCUGUCAGAUCCUGGAAGCGGAGACUUUUAAAUGCUUGUCUUGCAAUCGUCUCGGCCAGCAUUCUUGUCUCCGCUGCAAGGCGUGUUUCUGCGACGAUCACGCCCGAAGCAAAGUGUUCAAGCAGGAGAAAGGCAAGGCUCCUCCGUGCCCGAAGUGUGGACACGAAACGCAGGAGACCAAAGAUCUCAGCAUGUCCACACGAACACACAAAUUUGGCCGUCAGAGUGGCGCCGAUGAAGACGAAUACGGUGCGUCCGGAUACAGUUCCUACUGGAAGAAUCUGGAAUCCGGAGGGAGCUACAAAGAGGAGGACGUCGAGGAGGACGACGACUUUGAUGACGAUUACGAUGAAGAGGAGGAGGAGGAUGACGACGAAGACGAAGACGAGGAGGAAGACGACGAACCAGAGGUGGAAGAAUCUCUCUCAAAUCUGAGUUUGGGAGCAAGUGGAAAGCCCCAGUAAAAAAAAAAAAACAAAAAACACAACUUGUAGAGCUAAAACCAUGUCAGAUAUUUGGCCUUUGACUUAAGCUUUUCUGUACUGUGUUGAUACGGACGUGAUUGUCAGCACCCUGAAUUUCAAAUACAUCUGAAAUGUUUUUAAAAGCCA